AUGGCGCCCGCCCUCCCUCGCCCGCUGCUCCCCGGCGCCCUCCCCCGGCCCGGGCACCGCGCUAGGCACGGCGAGAGAGCCGAGCGCCCGCGGCAGCCCGGGGGCGGGCGGCUCUCGCACGGCGAGAAGGGGGAGCCGGCUGGGCCGCGCUCCGCGGAGCCGACGCGGGUUGUCCCGGCCUGGCCCGCGGGUCUCGGCGCCUCUCCUGCCCCGCUGGCAGCCCCAGCCGUGCCCCCUCGCCUCGCCCGGUGUCCUGUGUCCUCACGGCUCCUGCCCCCUCCGCUGGGCUCUCUGCCCUCCGGGCUGCAGCCGAUUUCCGCGCCGUUACUGACUGCCACACACUUAAAUGUCUCCGCGUUGCUUGUCCUUCUGCCCGGGGUCAUGGCAGCAGGCCUUCGCUCUCUGUGUGAUCCGGCAGAACCGGGAUGGCCUCCACUCCCUCCCUGCCCUGGGAUGGGUCAGGACCAGUGCUGGUUCCACCGUUUGUGUCCCCAGAGAACGCGGGGCAGGCUGGAGUCGUGCGCCUUCCCUGGAGUGCUGGAAAGCUGGGGCGCUAAGCAGCCUUCCGACCAGCAGGAAACCGAGGGACAUAGCUCCCGGGGAGGCGGCUGGCGGGCGGCAGGGGUAGGACGCCCGGGGGACAAGCGGGACGGGUUCCCUGGCCGGGGCCCGCCGGUGUACGCCAAGCCGGCCCUGGACCCGGGGGCGCUGGGGGAGCUGGGCCGGGCGGUGCGGCUGGAGCUGAGCCCGGCCGAGAAGCGCCGCCAGGAGGAGAGCAUCCGCCGGCACCAGAUCAACAUCUACCUGAGCGACCGCAUCUCGCUGCACCGCCGGCUGCCCGAGCGCUGGCACCCGCUAUGCAGAGAGAAGAAAUAUGAUUAUUAUAGCCUGCCAAAAACCUCUGUUGUGAUAGCUUUCUAUAACGAGGCUUGGUCAACACUUUUGCGAACUGUUCACAGUGUUCUUGAGACAUCUCCAGACAUACUUUUGGAAGAAAUUAUCCUUGUAGAUGAUUACAGUGACAAAGAACAUUUAAAGGAGACUUUGGAAAACUACGUGGCAGGUCUGCGCAAGGUGCGCCUUAUCCGCGCAAAUAAGAGAGAGGGGCUGGUUCGAGCCCGGCUGCUGGGGGCAUCCAUGGCAAAAGGAGACAUCCUGACAUUCCUGGACUGCCACUGUGAAUGCCACGAGGGCUGGCUGGAGCCACUGCUGGCAAGGAUUGCUGAAGAAGAAACAGCUGUUGUCUGCCCUGUUAUUGAUGUUAUUGACUGGAAUACAUUUGAGUACUUGGGAAAUGCUGGUGAGCCACAGAUUGGUGGAUUUGACUGGCGGCUGGUCUUCACUUGGCACAGUAUCCCUGAAAGAGAACAAAAGCGGAGGAAGUCCAAGACCGACGUGAUCAGGUCUCCAACCAUGGCAGGUGGAUUAUUUUCUGUGAGCAAGAAGUAUUUUGAUUAUCUUGGUUCCUAUGACACAGGAAUGGAAGUCUGGGGAGGAGAAAACCUUGAAUUCUCAUUUAGGAUAUGGCAGUGUGGAGGAAGUCUUGAGAUCCAUCCUUGCUCCCAUGUAGGUCACGUUUUCCCCAAACAAGCCCCGUACUCGCGGUCCAAAGCUCUGGCAAACAGCGUGCGCGCGGCUGAGGUGUGGAUGGAUGGAUACAAACAACUUUAUUACCACCGAAACCCACACGCCCGCCUGGAACCAUAUGGAGAUGUGACAGAAAGGAGACUUCUACGAGAGAAGCUGAAGUGUAAGGACUUCAAAUGGUUUUUGGAGAACGUGUAUCCAGAACUUCACGUACCCGAGGACAGACCAGGCUUCUUUGGAAUGCUGAAGAAUAGAGGAAUGGAAAACUUCUGCUUUGAUUAUAACCCUACAAAUGAACAUCAAGUAACUGGACAGAGGGUGAUACUCUACCCAUGCCAUGGUAUGGGACAAAAUCAGUUUUUCGAGUACACAUCCCAUAAUGAAAUACGUUACAACACACGGCAGCCGGAAGUCUGUGCAGCAGUCGACUCAGGAACUGACUACUUGACAAUGUACUUGUGUCAAGAAAAUGCCCACAGUGUUCCUGAAAACCAGAAGUUUAUUUUCAGAGAGGAUGGUACCUUGUUUCACCCACAAACCCAGAAGUGCGUACAAGCAGAGGCAAACGCUUACAACGGGAACCCAGCGCCAUUGUUACGACCUUGUACCAACUCAGACUACCAAAAAUGGUUCUUCAAAGAAAGAAGUUGAUCCAGAUGUUGUCUAGGGCAUAGCUGAAUACAAAAAAAUGUGCUCUUUCUAGUCAGCAGUUAGUCAGCCUUUUGAAAAUCUCAUAAGUGAUAUAUUUUUGUAUGGAAAGAACUGUAAUUAGUUGACAAACCGUGAAUGUCGUUUUUUGGAGCAUUAGAAAGCACUAAGUAUUGAGAGCUUCAUAAAGUGCCACAGAAUCUGCUCCUUUUCUCUUUCCUUGGCAGCUACAUAACUGCUUCUGAAGUGUCUUAGGUUCUUUUCACAAGUGACAAUGUAUUUUUUAAAUCUACUGUGUGGAAGUAAGGCAGUCAAAAUAAUUGCACUAAUGUUAAUCUGCCAUUAACUUAAAGUGUUUAUUUUUCUACUAAAACAUUCUGCAGUUGGAUCUUUUAACAGAUAGUUGUUAAUAAUUAUUCUCGUCUUUUAAAUACCAAGAAGGUAAAUGUAGGCCAUAUUCUGCCCUGAGUGACUACCCCAAAGCCCUCACUGAAAACAGUGUGGAUUUACACAUAAAGGCAGAGUAUAUCAGCAUGUUUUUGCACAAAUAACAAUCUAGAUGCAUACAAAUUGCACAUGCUUGACAAUACUAUACCUUAAAUGUUCUGACAGUUUUAGAUGUUCAUGGCCCUUGGCAAGUUUCUAAUCAUGCUUAAGGUUGGUUUGGGAGUAAAAUGGGGAUUUUCUCAUCUUUCUUAAAGGCAGAAGGCAACAAUAUUUAAAGGUGAUGCUUUGGGAAAAGCUAUUUGGAUUCAUGUGGGUCCAGCUGUGUGGCUGUGUCCUAGAAUGCACAACCAACUUGAACAUUAUGUGGAUUUUCAAUGUGCAUAAACUUUCAAGAUAAGGCCUACCAAUAAUUCUUUUGUAAAACUUCUAAAAUUGCAGUUAGAGAAAAUGAAUCUUAAAAUUUAAGUGUUUAAAUGAUUCAUGUAAAAACGAUUAUAUUUUAAGAACGGUUUUGUGACUGAUUUCUGUGAAAUGCAGCUAAGAUUAAUACAAAAAUGGUUAUCUUUGGGGUAUGACUUGUAUUUUGUCUGGGACCUCCUUUUAGAUGAGUUGGCCCUGCGUAUGGUCCUGUUGAAAGCAUGGGGUGUAACCUGCACCAGUGCAGGAUGGUUUGUGCCCUGGUGUGUGGGAUCUGCCUGGCCCAGUCAGACAAGGGGUGUGUGUGUAGCAGUGUACCUGGCCACUGACAUCAGCAUUGCCAUGCUGAUUAGAAGGGUUUCAGCUCAUAAGAAGAGUUUCUUUCUCUGUCAGAUGAAGGAAUGCUUAUGUGUAGAAGGAUGAAAAUUUCAACCUUUUUCCCCUCAGAAGUCUUGACAUCUGUUUUGAUUAGUUUGGUAUGUGUUUUGUUGUUUGCUUUUGUUCAUGUUUUCUAUAAAAAUGUACAGCCUUUUCUUUGAAUCCCCAUAUGCUCACGCCAUUUUGGCAUACCUAUUUAUAUGAUUGGGGUGUGGGGGGAGGGUUUCUGCCUGUAGGAGAUACAUCUAUUGGUUCUUCCAAGGACUUUCUUACCCGUGUGGAUAGAAUGUUUUUGUGAGCACCUUUGAAGUUUUGUCUCUGUGGGCUGGACUGAUGAA